AAACAAAGUUCAUCUUUUUUUUUUAAUUUCUUUAUUCCUUUUCCUCUAAUUUUUCUCCCCAACUCUUACCAUGUCCACUAUUUUUACUGCUGAAGAAGUGUCAAAACACAAAACCAAGAAUGAUUUAUGGAUGACUAUUCACAACAAAGUCUAUAACAUUACCGAAUUUAUUAUCGAGCAUCCUGGUGGAGAGGAAGUUUUGUUGGAUGAAGCAGGUAGAGAUGCCACUGAAUCGUUCGAGGAUAUUGGACAUUCAGACGAGGCUCGUGAGAUCCUGGAGAAAUAUCUUGUUGGCGAAUUAAACGAAAUUUCCAAGGCCAAAUAUCGUCAAUACCCAACAACUCGUGCCGGAGAACUUCCUGAAGAAAAGAAGAGUGGAUCCGUCCUUCGUGUCGUUUUGCCUACACUUAUAGCCAUUGGCUUCUUGGCCUAUAAAUAUGUUCUUGCCCCCAAGCAACACUAAUAAUUGAGUUAUUUUAUCUCUAAUUUUGUAAAGACUACAGCUUCUACA